AUGUGUCUCCAUGUUCCUCAUAGGCCAUCCAUGUUGAUAUACCGUUGUCACGCGCCAGACGCCACACGUCCUUAGUCCUUCACAAAACUCUCCCCUUGUACAUGUCUGCAGAAGCGUUCAGCUUGUUUACAAUGGCCCGCAACAAGCUCCAGGCGGCCAUUGGUGGAAAGGACACCUGCAAUCUCCACCGCUGGGUACUCUUGAAAAAUUCUGUCUUCCGCUUCCAACCAUGUCCACCGCCACCUGCAGUGCCUAGCUCGACCAGUCCAAACGCUCUACCCGCUGAACAUGACGAGGGUAAGGACGCGGACGAGAGUGAGGCAGAGGAAAACUAUUCGUUCAUGUUCCCAGAUGCUAGUAACUUGGUUAUUCGUGGCGCAACUGACAUGCAUUCCUCUGAAGCUGAAUGGCUCGACUCUCUCCUAGAGUCCUUAGGCGACGAGGGAGACGAUGAGUUUGGGUCAGACAGCGACACUCCCGGUGUCCCCGUCGAAGACGACGACGAUUCACCGCUCAGUCCCCUUACCUCCCCUAUGUCAUCCUCUGACGACUUGCUGAACCAAAAUGCUUACUAUUCUCCUGCUAUCGAGAACCCUUACCCUGUGCCAUAUCCACCGUUUCAUCCCCCACUCGUUCGUCCUUGUCAACUUGGUCCCAUCAUUGAGUCUCCUGCUAUUUCACCACCUUCUGCCUAUGAUGCCCUCCCUUACUAUGAUAUCGACGAGUUAGAUGAUUUCCCGGAGGCUAUAGAGGACGUUUCUGAUGACGAGUCUGACGCGCCGUCCACGCCGUCGUUGUACCGCUCUUCGGAAUUGUGCUUUGCACAUCCAACUGACGUGCAGCUUCAAGGGGAACGUCGGCGGGCGAGCUCCCUUCCCCACGUGUAUAUUCGCACCACGGACUACUACUUCGACCGCUUUGAGCUUGACCCACUCCCAUUUCCCGACGAAGACAACUUCUCAUCGUAUAAUCCUGUCUAUCAAGAGUGCUAGUUCUCUAUGUCAAUACUUUAAUCUACCUUGUGCUGCCUGGCUCCAUGCGGUUCGUUCUCGUGUGUAUAUUACAUCCCCUCUGUUUUCCUUUGUGAAGUUUUCCAGGUAAAUUAGCGGUUACAUGUUCUUUCGACCAUGUUGUGUUAUCAGCCGAUCUGAAAUAUAAACCAGGACUGGCAGCCUCGAUUAACCUUAGUGAUAUUAGCUAAGUGGGUCUCAAUCCUACAUCGGUCGGCUUCGUAAGUUGCCUUAUGAACUGGUGUGGUGGAUCAAGUAAUAACGCAAUUAUUGAUAGUAAGUUCAA